CGACACUCUUUUACAGAUCCGAGACUGACGUACCGAAAUUCGGGCAAGCUCUUCCAGGCUGUGCCGGACGCCCAGAGCUCCAGGGGGACUGUUUGAUCAUGAUCUGCGUAUUGCAGCGGCCUUAAAAGACCAAUGGCAGAGAGUGUCAGGUUACCAGACGCUGCCAGUAUGGGGGCAAGGAGCCCCACUGGGGGCCCGAAGUCUUCCCAGGAGGAGAACAGAUUUUCAGAGGGUGAUGAAGAUAUAUUGAACUUGGAGGACGAAGUUUUUAACCCGAACAUGACUUCUUUUAAGCAUGAUAACGUGGAGGAGCUCUACGAACUGCUGGAAAAGCUGGGCAGCGGGCACUUUGGUGAGGUGAAGAAAUGCAAGGAGAGAAGCUCGGGCACCCUGUACGCCGGCAAGUUCAUCAAGACGCGCAAGUGUAAAGGCAGCCGACUCGGACUGGACCGCGAGCAGGUGGAGAGGGAGGUCUUCAUCUUGCAGCAGCUAGAACAUCCGAACAUCAUGAGACUGCACGACGUCUUCGCCAGUAAAGCGGAGAUGGUUCUGAUCCUGGAACUUAUCCGUGGUGGCGAACUCUUUGACUUUAUAGCGGAGAAGGAAGCCCUUUCUGAAGAGGACGCCAUAGAGUUCUUGGAGCAGAUACUGAAAGGAGUUGCCUACAUGCACAGCCGACGCAUUGCUCACUUUGACCUCAAGCCUGAAAACAUUAUGCUGCUAGAAAAAGACGUUCCCCACCCCAAGAUAAAGAUCAUUGAUUUUGGCUUGGCCCAGAAGAUCGAGGAUGGGGCAGUAUUCAAAAGUCUGUGUGGGACCCCCCAGUACAUCGCUCCCGAGGUUAUAAACUAUGAACCUUUGGGUCCCCCCACCGACAUGUGGAGUAUCGGAGUCAUCACCUACAUCCUACUCAGCGGUUUGUCACCUUUCCAAGGAGAGACCGACCCAGAGACCCUAACCAAUGUCGUUUCCGGGAAUUUCGAGUUCGAUGACCGAUACUUUAAGGACACAAGUGAAAUGGCCAAGGAUUUCAUACGGCAGCUACUGGUCAAAGACCCAAGCGACAGGCUAACGGCGGUGGAGUGCCUCAUACACCCCUGGAUAAAGCCAUUGACAAGGAAGCAAGCAAUGAACAGGAGUCGUUCUUCUAUUAACAUGAAGAACUUCAAAAAGUUCAACGCGCGGAGGAAGUGGAAGCUAUCGUACAACAUGGUGUCUGCAUGUAACAGACUGUGUCGCAUGAAACUGCUGUGCAGCCCCCGGAAUGACCAGGAGGAGUUGCGGCAGUGCGAAAGCGACCAGGAGGAUGAGAAGACCAAACCCGUCACCCUCUUGCGCAGGCGUCUGAGCAGCUGCUCCUGAGCGGGGCCGACUCUUCCGAAGGCUAUCCGUCCCUGAGCGUGUGGCUCCCUCCUUGGCUGGUUGCGC